CUUCUUUCAUUCCAAAAUAUAAUUGUACUUUUUAUGACACUAUUUUGCCCUGCAUCUUAGCUAAUUAAACAUCAAAUUUUCUUCGAGUGGUAAUGAGAGCAUUCAUUUUAUUCGUUUAUUAAUGUUUGUCUAAUUACGUAGGUUAUUUAACAAUAAGCAAGCUUAUAUUGGAGUAAUUUCUUGUUGUUGGUGUUGUUGUCGUUGCUACUGUUAUUGUUAUUGUUGUUGUUGCUGUUGUAUGCGUUUAUUGAUUUGUUGACGCGAAAAAAAAAACGAUGCUGACGAGAAUCGCAUUGGUUGGUAUUGGCCGGUCCGGUAACAUUUAUGGUGUUACUCGCAGCAGUAGUGCAGUAGCAGCUAUUCGAGCCGUUAAUUCAGUGGUGAAACGAAAUAUGGCAACGACAAUCCGUAAGGAACGUGACACUUUUGGUGAACUGCAAGUACCAGCGGAUCGUUACUAUGGAGCGCAAACGGCAAGAUCAAUGAUGAAUUUCAAAAUUGGUGGUCCAGAAGAGCGUAUGCCAUUACCGGUCAUUCAUGCAUUCGGCAUCCUAAAGAAAGCUGCUGCAUUGGUUAACAAGGAAUAUGGCUUGGAUCAGAAAAUUGUGGAUGCUAUUGCAAAAGCUGCAGAUGAAGUUAUUGCGGGCAAGCUAGACGAUCAUUUUCCACUAGUAGUUUGGCAAACUGGAUCCGGCACUCAAUCGAACAUGAACGUUAAUGAAGUGAUAUCGAAUCGCGCAAUUGAAAUGUUGGGCGGUGAAUUGGGGUCCAAAAAACCAGUGCAUCCGAAUGAUCAUGUGAAUAUGUCGCAAUCGUCGAAUGAUACUUAUCCGACGGCAAUGCAUAUUGCUGUAGCUAGAGAGCUUAAUUCCCGUCUACUUCCAUCUCUACAACAGUUGCUUGAUUCGCUGCGUCAAAAAUCGAAGGAGUUUGAAAACAUCAUCAAAAUUGGUCGUACACAUACUCAAGAUGCAGUACCACUUACGCUUGGUCAAGAAUUUGGUGGUUAUGCACAGCAGGUUGAAAAUGGUAUAGCAAGAGUGAAGGAUACGUUACCACGCUUGUACAUGCUUGCUGCUGGUGGUACUGCUGUUGGUACUGGUCUCAAUACACGAAUUGGUUUCGCUGAAAAAAUUGCUGCGAAAAUUGCUGAACUGACUGGUUUGCCGUUCGUUACAGCUCCAAACAAAUUUGAAGCGUUAGCAGCCCAUGAUGCAAUGGUGGAGGUGCAUGGUGCUUUGAAUACUACUGCGGCAAGUUUGAUGAAAAUUGCGAAUGAUAUUCGUUUCCUUGGCUCUGGUCCACGUUGUGGUCUCGGGGAGUUAUCGUUGCCUGAAAAUGAGCCUGGAAGUUCCAUCAUGCCAGGCAAGGUGAAUCCGACGCAGUGUGAAGCGGUUACCAUGGUUGCUGCUCAAGUCUUCGGUAACCAGGUCGCGGUUACUGUUGGUGGUUCAAAUGGACACUUUGAAUUAAAUGUGUUCAAGCCAAUGAUUGUUCGCAAUGUUCUUCAAUCAACCCGACUCAUUGCUGAUGCAUCUGUGUCAUUCGCAGUCAACUGUGUCGACGGUAUCAAAGCGAAUAAGGAAAAUAUCGCGAAAAUCUUGCGUGAAUCGUUGAUGUUGGUAACAGCGUUGAAUCCCCACAUCGGUUAUGAUAAUGCUGCAAAAAUUGCGAAAACAGCACAUAAGAAUGGUACUACUUUAAAAGAAGAAGCUGUAAAAUUAGGAAUUUUGACAGCCGAGCAAUUUGACGAAUGGGUACGACCGGAGAAAAUGUUAGCACCCAAAUAAGACAUUCCACGUACAAACAUUCCCUGCUAUGGCUUUGAUUUAAAAUGAUGAUCAUUUGUUGUUUGGUAGAAGUUGUUUUUCAGUUAUUUUAAAGACUAGCAUUAUUUGUUACAGCUUUCGCAUUCUUUUUGGUUUGACAUGAUUCAUGCUAUAGGAAAACUUUAGGAAGUUCAUUCAAAUUCCGCUUUUUACAUUAAGUCUGAUUCCAAUUCAAACAAUCCUUUUUACUUGGCUC